AAAUGAUGUUGUGAGUGGUGAUACAAAAAUACAAACGCGAAUAUAGCUUUUACAAUCUAAAUAGUCAGCUGCGCUGCGCUUGAAGUUGCGUUGUUGCGUAUUUUACGGAGUACACGCCCCCAUCUAUUGCUUUAUUUCAAUCUUCAUCUUGCAUUUAUUUCCGAAGUGUCCGACAUUUCAGGGCUAAGUAACAUUUUCGUGAAGUUUCUUUAUACUUCCGUCAAAUUUAUUAGGAAUAGUCUUUCAGUGUAUAGAAUGCUUAAAUUUUAAUUCUGUGGCGUCUGAAGUAGAAUUUUCCUCGCCGGUGUAUUUCACAAGCCAAAUAAUGAAUGACAAUGGUUGUAUACACUUAAAUAAUUUUAAGGCUGCGAAGGGUACCAACCCUUACAAAAUCGUGCAUGCAUUUUUCGUGGCUUGCACAUCGUUCGAAGCAAGAAGAUACAAGGCAACAUCAUGCCUGUGCUUCACCUGUGGCAUGCCGGGCCCACGCAUGCACUCCUGCCUGCAUUGCAUCUAUUUCGCCUGCUAUGCUGGUCACAUUCAAGAUCAUUCAAAAACAAAAAAGCAUUUCCUCUAUGUGGACCUCAGCUAUGGAAACAUUUACUGUGCCCAGUGCCAAGAUUACAUAUAUGAUCGAGAACUCACUGAAAUUGGUGUCACUCACAAGUUGAAGGAAGCUAAAUCUCUGGGCAUCAGUGUGCCGUUCAUGCCAUGGCUGCCAAACCCCAACGAGGCCAUGGCCCUCCGCCGUCUUCGCAAAAGGCGUCUUAUCAGCCCUCAUACUACAAUCGGCCUGCGAGGCCUACAGAACCUGGGCUCCACUUGCUUUAUGAACUGCAUUGUCCAGACAUUGAUCCACACGCCGCUGCUGCGUGACUAUUUCCUUGGAGAAAAGCAUAAAUGUAAAGCACAAGGUUCGGGCAAGUGCCUCGUUUGUGAGGUUUCUAAACUCUUUCAGGAGUUCUACUCUGGUGCAAAGACACCCCUAACUUUGCACCGUCUAUUGCAUCUGAUAUGGACGCAUGCACGUCAUCUAGCCGGGUAUGAACAGCAGGAUGCCCAUGAAUUUUUUAUAGCAACCCUCGACGUCCUGCAUAGACACUGCAUGAAUGGCGUUGAUGAAAAUGGCGAGAAAAAGGAAAACGGUCGCUGCAACUGUAUCAUUGACCAAAUAUUUACGGGCGGUUUACAGAGUGAUGUAGUAUGCACUUCUUGCCAUGGAGUAUCCACCACCAUUGAUCCGUUCUGGGACAUCAGUCUCGAUGUGGCUGGCCCCGGCUCGCUUGCGGCCUGUCUCGAACGCUUCACACGGGCAGAGCAUCUCGGAUCUGGAGCUAAGAUCAAGUGCUCAAACUGCCGCGCUUAUCGCGAGUCCACCAAACAAUUGACACUGGAAACAUUGCCCAUAGUAGCAAGUUUCCACUUGAAGCGCUUCGAGCACUCUUCGCAAAUUGAUAGGAAGAUCAAUGCUUUCGUGUCAUUCCCAGCUGAGCUGGAUAUGACUCCAUUCAUGUCGUCCCACCGUCGCGCUGUAGAUGUGGGCGCGGACAACAACAAUGCUCCCGAGGGAGUGUGCGAAGACAACCGCUACUCCCUGUUCGCGGUGGUGAACCACGUGGGCUCGCUGGACGCAGGCCACUACACCGCUUACGUGCGCCAGAUGAAGGGGAGCUGGUUCAAGUGCGAUGACCACAUGAUCACUCGUGCCUCACUGCGCGAGGUUUUGGAUAGCGAAGGGUACUUGCUCUUCUAUCACAAGACUGUUCUGGAGUACGAAUGUGAAAAUUCUUAGGCGAAUCGCAACAAAAUUAACAAAAUAUUCAGUCAUUACUUUGUAUCUAAUGCUAAUGCAUUGUCCCUUAGAAUUUCCUAUAUCUAUGUAUUAUGUAUACAAAAAAAGGAAAAAGUUUUGUUUUAAAACAAAAUAAAAAGUAAGUCAUCUCCCCUCGUGAUAUUAGUGUAGAUGUUUAAAAAGAUGUCUCAAUGAUCAUCAUGUUCGAUGUUUUCUUCGGAAUCAUUCACGAAUUUGUUAGUUUUAAGCUUUAAUAUAAUAUAACAUGUAAACUCUUGGUAGGAAAUAUGCAAAAUUGUUAAAAAUAUUAUCAUCUACUAUCGCUAUACAUAAACACUUUGGAAGACUUCUAGACUUAAAUGUUAAAUGUGUGCUUUAUUGAGCUGCAACUAUUUGUUUGUAUCUUCCCACAUUUUCUAAGUUUGACUUCUUUCUCUCUGUUUGGAGUUAAAAGAAUAUUUUAAAUAUCUACCAAUUUUAUUUCACCUGAUUAUAAAAUAUUAUUGUAAUAGGUGUUAGCAUUUAUUAAAUAAAAUCUAUUAAGUACUGGUCGUCACAAAACGCGAAAUUAUUUAGGCGCUUAUCCAUUGAAAUAUUAAGAAAU